UAUAGUAAGAAUAACUCAUCUAUUGUUAUUCAUUUUUUUUAAUUACUACUUUUUGUUUUGAAAAUUGAAAAAAAAAAGUUGCAAAUUAAUUCGUCAUAAUGCAGUUGUAGCAUGUUAAAAAUGUGGGGAUCAAAUAUGAGACAGCGGCUGAAUAAAUAUUCUUUUUCCUGAACUGUCAAUAUUCUAAACUAACAUUGUUGUGAGCAAAAACUUACCAAAUCACCCACAUUAUUAUAAUUAAUAUAAAUAUAUAUAUAUAUAUCUGAUUAUAACAUUAUAUUGCAAAAAAGGUUUAAAAACAUCUAAAUUCCCAAAUCUUUGGUGGGAAGGGCUUUACAAGGUCAAAUUAAAGGCAAUAAAAAAAAUGUAAAAAAAGAAAAACAUAACAUAUUUUGGGAUAUUUCCUCUAAUGGCAAAACCAAUGUAGCAGUUGUUGGAUUAUGUAACCAAUGAAAGAAAGGCCAGGCGGUUUAGGUCAUGAAGGUCUCUACAAAUGGAGAGAGGUGUUAGCCGUCUCCCAGAACUGAGAAAGGAGAUUAAAUCAAUCUGCUUAACUGUUCACAAGGUCUGGGAAGGAGCUACGUUAGCAAGCGGGAGGCAAACUGUAAGAGAAAAUGUGCUAUUAUGUUGGUUCAUUUGAUCAGGAUCAGCCUAUGUUACCAGCGUUUCUCUGAGGUGAGUCAGAAUGUUGCGUUCUGCUUAAUAGUUUCGAUAAAUCGUAGUAUGGUAUUAGCAGUUGUGUUGUUAUGUUCAUUGGGCGAGUCUUAAAAAAAUGCAUAAAAUCAGAAUUUUUUAUAAUUGGUGACACUAUAUAUAAAUGAAAAUGGUAGAAUAUUGAGACAAAUGAGUGGUAGAACUAUUACUGUGAGCACUAAAGUGUCUUGAGCUCAUUAUCCUCAUUACUGAGCUAUUGCGAGCUUUCGUAUGGCGCUUUCACCAGAAGGACGCUUGUCAUAAUGGUGAUAAAAGCUAACGUUUUAGAAGAACAAAAGAUGGAUUUGGCCGUCGAUGGAGAUGAUCUCAGACUGGUUGAAUGCAGGUUUCUUUUGGUGGAGCCAGCCCCUGUGGGGGUGUCGUGAGGGCACCAUGGGGUCAGGAGGACAGGUCAGGCUCCUGUUGUGGAAGAACUGGACCAUCCGUAGGAGACAAAGGAUGCGUUUCUUUGUGGAGAUCAUGUGGCCCGUCAUGCUCUUUAUCGGACUGGUGUGGCUCAGAAGAGUGAAUCCGCUGUACCGCCAACAUGAAUGCCACUUCCCUAACAAAGCCAUGCCUUCAGCCGGGGUCCUGCCAUGGAUCCAGGGGAUCUUCUGCAACGCCAACAACCCGUGUUUCCAGCACCCCACCCGCGGUGAAUCUCCCGGCUUGGUGUCCAACUAUAACAACUCUAUACUGGCACGGCUGUACUCGGAUGCUGAGGAGCUUCUCUUCCCGGAUCCUGAUUUCCUGGAGGUGGGACGCCUCUGGAGGGAACUCAACGCUAUGAGUAACUUUAUGAACACCUUGCGCUCUCAUCCUGAGGAGGUCUCAGGUCGAGGAGUGAUGGUGGAGACUAUCCUGAAGGAUGACGAAACUCUGACGGCAUUCCUUCUGAGAGACAUUCCUCUGACUGAGUCUGUGGUGUAUCAUCUGGUUCAUGCCCAAAUCAGGCCUGAACAGUUUGCUUUUGGGGUCCCUGACUUGCAUUUGAAAGACAUCGCCUGCAGCCUGAACCUGCUGGAGCGAUUCCUGAUAUUUCCCAGCCGCAGAGGCCUCUACGCCGUCCGGAACGCCAUGUGCAUCCUGACGCCGCAGCGCCUGCAGAUCAUCGAGGACAAAUUCUACGCCAACGUCGACUUCUUCAAGCUUUUCCGCCUGCUGCCUCGAGUUCUGGAUAACUACUCAGACGGGAUCAACAUCAACUUCUGGGUCCGGAUUGUGUCGUCUGUCUCAGAGACGCUGAGGAAGUUGUUCUACAGGAGUAGCUCCCAGGAGUUCCUUCAGGUCGUGACCCCUCUCUUCCAGAAAAAUCUGUCCUUUGGAGAUGUAAUGGCCGCCGCCUCCAGACUCGUAUGUGGUUACACCGAGGGGGCUUUCUCCAGAGUCACCUCCUUUAACUGGUAUGAGGACAAUAACUACAAAGCUUUCUUGGGCAUCGUCAGAGCUAAGGAUGACUACACGUAUGACAACAGCACCACUCCCUUCUGCAAUGAUUUAAUGAGAGAACUGGAGUCCAACCCAGCCACCAGAGUGGUGUGGAACUCUGUGAAGCCGAUGCUGAUGGGGCGCAUCCUCUACGCUCCAGACUCACCAGCCGUCAGGCAGGUCAUAAAAAAUGCAAACACCACGUUCGAGGAGCUGGAGAGACUGAGGACGCUGGGGAAAGCCUGGGAGGAGGUGGCUCCUCAGAUCUGGGCUUUUUUCCAAGAUGGAAUCCAAGUCAGAAUGAUCCGGGAUAUCAUUCGGAAUCCAUCUGUCAUGGAUUUCAUUGACAAAAGUCUGGAGGACGCACCGUUUUCCUCCAAACACAUACUCAACUUCUUACGCAAUGAACCACCGGAGGACCGUCCGCACGACGUGCCUAAUUUUGACUGGCGAGACGUCUUUCACAUGAUUGACAGGGUCAUUCGGAUGCUCAACCAAUAUGGGGAUUGUGUUGUCCUUGACAAAUUCAUGGCCCUGCCCGAUGAAGAUGCCGUGACGUAUCGGGCUUUGAACCUGCUGGAGGACGGCAAAUUCUGGGCAGGUCUCAUCUUUGUGAACAUGCACCCCUGGAGCACCAGUGUCCCGCCUCACGUCAAGUUCAAGAUCCGGAUGGACAUUGAUAUCGUGGAGCGGACCAAUAAAGUCAAAGACAGGUAUUGGGACCCAGGCCCCAGAGCCGAUCCCAUGGAGGACCUCCGUUAUGUCUGGGGGGGCUUUGCAUACUUUCAGGACAUCAUAGAGCAUGGGAUAAUCCGGACUCACACAGGAAAGGAGUGGCCUCUUGGGGUUUACUUACAGCAGAUGCCGUACCCUUGCUAUGUGGAUGAUCUCUUCAUGCUGACACUAAACCGAUGCUUCCCCGUCUUCAUGGUAAUGGCCUGGGUCUACUCCGUGUCCAUGGUGGUGAAGAGCAUUGUCCUGGAGAAGGAGCUCCGCUUGAAGGAGACUCUGAAGACCGUGGGGGUCACCAACGGUGUCAUUUGGUCCACGUGGUUCAUUGACAGCUUUAUCAUGAUGGGCACCAGCACAGCUCUGCUGACAGCCAUCAUCAUGGGAGGGAGAGUUUUGAACUACAGCAACCCCGCCAUUCUUUUCCUCUUUCUGCUCACCUUCACCACCGCCACCAUCAUGCAGUGCUUCCUGCUGAGCGUCUUCUUCAACCAGGCCAACCUUGCAGCUGCCUGUUGCGGCAUUGUUUACUUCACGCUUUACCUCCCGCAUGUCUUCUGCAUCGCAUGGCAGGAUCGCAUCACCAAGGAUAUGAAGAUCCUGCUGAGUCUGCUGUCACAAGUAGCUUUUGGCUUUGGCACAGAAUAUUUGUCACGCUAUGAGGAGCAGGGUAUGGGUUUGCAGUGGGAUAACAUCCAGACGAGUCCUCUGGAGGGAGACGAGUUCUCCUUCCUCACCUCCAUCUGUAUGAUGGGCCUGGACACGGUCCUGUACUCUGUGCUGGCCUGGUACCUGGACAACGUUUUCCCCGGACAGUAUGGGAUUGGCCGUCCGUUUUACUUUCCUUUGCUACCCUGCUACUGGCUCAACAGUGUGGCUCCAGCUUCAGGGAACGUGAAAAUGAACAGAAAAAGCUUCGAUAACCUUGUGGUCAAGGGGCAAGGGGAGCUGUCAAAACAAGGAGAGACAGAAAACGGCGAUGCAGCCAAGGCUAAGGAAGACGUUCCCUCAUGUGAACACCAGGAUCAACGCGAGGAGAAAGAGGAUCAGUCGUUCUUUGAAGCAGAGCCAGACAAUCUGGUGAAGGGAGUCUGCAUUGAGAACCUGGUCAAAAUGUUCAGCAGCUGCAUGCGCCCAGCCAUCGAUGGCCUCACCAUCAGCUUCUACGAGGGCCACAUCACUUCUCUUUUGGGCCACAAUGGAGCUGGAAAGACCACCACCAUGUCAAUCUUGACGGGCAUGUUCCCUCCCUCAUGUGGGACAGCCACCAUUUACGGCAAAGACAUCCGCACAGACAUGGACAGCAUUCGUCUGUCUCUGGGCAUGUGCCCUCAACACAACAUCCUCUUUCAGCACAUGACAGUGGCGGAGCAUAUCCUCUUCUUUUCACUGCUGAAAGGCUGUCCAAUAGCGGAGGCAGAGGAGGAGGUGGAGAACAUGCUUCAGGAUUUGGGUCUUCCUCACAAACGAGGAGAACUGAUCCAGAAUCUGUCAGGGGGGAUGCAGAGGAAGUUGUCGGUGGCGCUGGCCUUUGUGGGUGGGGCCAAGGUGGUGAUUCUGGAUGAGCCCACAUCUGGGGUGGAUCCGUACUCCAGACGCUCCAUUUGGGACCUACUGCUCAAAUAUCGCACAGGCCGUACGGUGAUCAUGUCCACCCACCACAUGGAUGAGGCCGACCUUCUCAGCGACCGGGUCGCCAUCCUCUCUCAGGGUCGCCUCUACUGCUGCGGCUCCCCCAUCUUCCUCAAGAACUGCUUCGGCGCAGGCUUCUACCUCACUCUUGUGCGUCAGAUGACGCUCGAACCACCAAAGCCCAGCUGUGAUUGUACACAGGAGUGUUCCUGCAAAUGCUCAAAGUGUUCCAAGUUUAAGGCAAACCAGGAAGAGACCAAAACCUCAGACAGACAGAUGGACGGUAACAUUGAAAGCAUUGUGGGCUUAGUUCAUCACCACGUCCCGCAGGCUCGCCUCAUAGAGGAAAUAGGUCAAGAGCUGACCUUUCUGCUCCCAAACCAAAACUUCCAGCCCCGAGCGUACGCCAGCCUCUUCAGGGAGCUGGAGGAGACGCUGGUGGACAUCGGGCUCAGCAGCUUUGGUGUGUCGGACACAUCUCUGGAGGAGAUCUUUUUAAAAGUCACUGCAGAAGGAACCAACAGGAAAUGCUUUCAAGAUAAAAAAUCAUUGCGACAGAUGUCUCGAGCUAGUGUGUGUGGAUUCAACAGGGUGGCUGUUGAUGUGGAAGGGCAAAAAGAGUCCAAUGGCCGCGGUCCAGGCGAGAUCAAGGAGGGCAGCGCAGGCCAGGGGUCAUACCGGGUCAGAGGCGUCUGCCUGACCAUCAAGCAGUUCUUCGCCCUGCUCAUCAAGAGGCUGCACCAUGCCACUCGCUCCUUCAAAGACUUCGUAGCACAGAUUGUACUUCCAGCCAGCUUUGUGUUCUUCUCGCUGACGUUCACUCUGAUCGUGCCCCCGUUUGGAGAAUACCCGAGUCUGACGCUCAGCCCGUGGAUGUACGGACGCCAGUACACCUUCUUCAGCAAUGAGCGCCCCACGGAUGCUCAGAUGAGAUACUUUGGAAACGUGCUGCUGGAUAAGCCCGGCUUUGGGACUCGCUGCAUGGUGGAUGAACCGUUGGAGGAUUUCCCGUGUAACAACAUCACUACAGAGUGGGAGAUGCCGCUGGUCAACCCCGCCCUGAUAGAAAUGCUGGAGAGCCCCCGCUGGGAUUCCCUCAGACCCUCUCCAGAAUGUCAGUGCAGCACAGCCAAGAAACUCACCAUGCUCCCCGUGUGUCCUGAAGGAGCUGGGGGCCUCCCUCCUCCUCAGAGGAUCCAGUCAACAGGAGACGUUCUGAUGGACCUAACUGGUAGAAACAUCUCUGACUACCUGGUUAAGACAUACCCUAAACUUAUCAGAACCAGCCUGAAAAGCAAAUAUUGGGUGAAUGAACAAAGGUAUGGCGGGAUAUCAGUGGGAGGACAGCUUCCUGUUUUAUCUCUUCAACCUAAUGCAAUCCAGGAUUUGGCAACUCAGCUUGGGCAACUUCUCAAUGUGACAGGGGGCAAAUACUCCAAGCAAACUCUCAGAGAUGUAGGAACAUUCUUCAGGUAUUUGGAGACUCCAAACAAUGUCAAGGUGUGGUAUAACAACAAGGGCUGGCACGCCAUGGUGUCUUUCAUGAAUGUCGCCAAUAACGCCAUCCUUCGUGCAAACCUGCCCGACAGAGCCAACCUGGACGAAUAUGGAAUCACCGUCAUCAACCACCCUCUGAACCUCACUAAAGAGCAGCUGUCUGAGAUCACCGUCCUGAGCACGUCCGUGGAUGCAGUGGUGGCCAUGUGUGUCAUUUUCGCCAUGUCCUUCGUCCCGGCCAGCUUCGUCCUUUACCUCAUCCAAGAGCGGGUCACUCAAGCCAAACACCUGCAGUUUGUCAGCGGCGUCAGUCCGCUGGUGUACUGGAUGGCCAACUUUCUGUGGGACAUGGUGAAUUACUCCAUCAGUGCAGCUAUGGUGGUGCAAAUAUUCCUCCUUUUUGACAAGAAGUGUUACACAUCUGCAACCAACGUGCAAGCACUGAUCGCCCUGCUCAUGCUUUACGGCUGGUCUGUGACGCCCAUGAUGUACCCCAUGUCCUACGUGUUCAGCGUCCCGAGCACAGCCUACGUCUCUCUGUCGUGCAUCAACCUCUUCAUUGGUAUCAACAGCAGCGCCAUCACCUUCAUCCUGGACCUGUUUGAGAACACCUCCGCUCUGUAUGGAUUCAACCAGCUCUUAAAGACAGCACUUCUUAUCUUUCCUCAUUACUGCCUGGGGCGAGGGCUUAUAGACAUGGCCAUGAACCAGGCUGUGACUGAUGUCUACGCUCGCUUUGGUGAGGACUACAGUCCAGAUCCCUUCAGCUGGGACUUCAUUGGGAGGAACUUGUUUUGCAUGGCCGCUGAGGGAUUUGUGUACUUCGUCAUUAACAUGCUCAUCCAGUACCGCUUCUUCAUGGAUCACUGGAUUCCAGACGGCCCAAAGCCCCACAUUUUGGAGGAAGACGUGGAUGUUGCAGAGGAGAGGAAACGCAUCCAGCAGAGCGGAAAAACAAAUGACAUUUUACGCAUAAAAGACCUGUCCAAGACGUACACAGGAACAAUCAUUCCUGCAGUGGAUCGCAUUUGUGUUGGAGUGUCACCCGGAGAAUGUUUUGGUCUGGUGGGGGUGAAUGGAGCAGGAAAGACCACGACAUUUAAGAUGCUAACAGGUGACAUUGAUGUGACGUCAGGAGAUGCUUCAGUUGCUGGUCACAGCAUUUUGACCAACAUCCUGGACGUCCAUCAGAACAUGGGUUACUGCCCGCAGUUUGAUGCCAUAGAUGAGCUGCUAACAGGCAGAGAACAUCUGCACCUUUACGCCCGACUCCGAGGCGUCCCAGAGUCCCAGAUCAGCAGGGUUGCAGACUGGGCCAUCCAGAAGCUCGGCCUCUCAGAGUAUGCCAGCAGAACCGCAGGAACUUACAGUGGAGGCAACAGAAGAAAACUCUCAACCGCCAUCGCUAUGAUAGGCUGUCCUGCUCUGGUGCUGCUGGACGAACCUACCACAGGUAUGGACCCUCUCUCCAGACGCUUUCUCUGGAACUCCAUCAUGAGUGUUAUCCAGGACGGACGAGCUGUGGUCCUCACGUCACACAGUAUGGAAGAAUGUGAGGCUUUAUGUACCCGGUUAGCCAUCAUGGUCCAUGGUUCCUUCAAGUGUCUGGGAACGAUUCAACACCUCAAAUACAAGUACGGCGACGGUUACGUUGUGACCAUGAAGAUCAGGACGGCAAACCCUGGCUGCCACCCGGACUUGAGCCCCGCUGAAGCUUUUAUGGAGAGCACCUUCCCCGGCUGCAUCCAAACAGAGAAACACUACAACACUCUGCAGUACAAGAUCUCCUCCUCCUCUCUGGCCAGAAUAUUUCAAAUGGUCCUCGUCAACAAAGACAAACUCAACAUAGAGGACUACUCGGUCUCACAGACCACGCUCGACCAGGUGUUUGUGAAUUUUGCCAAGCAGCAGUCAAGAGAGGAUGACGCAAUUGUGUUGCAUCCAAAAGCAGCAGGAGUGCAACGCUACAUUGAGACCAUACCAAUCAAAUCGUCCAGGAAGUAG